AUGCAGGAAAUUCUUUCACGAGGUCUGAGCCUCAAAGAUCUCAUCAGGCUGAGGACAAGCGCUUUCUUCAUCAUCGAACGAGGGCCGCAUCUUCGAAGUGUAACCGUGUUUCGAGACACCGACACGUGGAUCGAACCCGAAGAUACGCAGGUUGACGUCCAGUGUGACCUGCCCCUUCUUGCCAUCCUAGACCUCGAGAAUCUCUGCUGGAAGGAAAGCAGUCUCUUCCUCCAAGCAGCUCCCAGUCUAUGCUCGCUACGCCUGGUCGAAGACUUCGGAGUUAUCAGGGAGAAGGAGGGGGAUUUCACACGGCUUGAUGUGCUCAUGAGGAGGUUGCAGCUGUCUAACCGGCGCUCGGAGACCCUGGAAACCGGCCCUAGCGUCCUCGCGCGUCCUCUCCCUCACAACAUCCUGCAACCACAACCAAGUCUUCCAGAUUUAUGCUCUUGGGAUAUCAUCGGAGACAUGUUUGGAGACUUUACGUCCUUCGAGGAGCAAGCGAAAGAGCAGAUUGCGUAUGUGGUGACGAGCUGCCCCAGCCUCACAAAGAUAAGGAUCAGGGGGGACCUCUUUAAUGGCAUCUCACUUUACAGUCCGUUUAGAUGUCCCCGGUCACAGUGGACGGCUGCCUUGAGGACCUUUCUCGACCUGCAGAAAAUGUUUCCUACCCUGGACUUGGACGUCAAGUGCUUUUAA